UCGCCCCAUACAGCGCCUCUCCGCCGCUGGACAUGGUGGAGACUUGGAAGACGCUCCCUAACGGGACGGCACGCAGACUUCUGGGAAAUGGAGUCCCGCUGCCCCGGGCGGGCCCUGGCAGGCGACUUCCGGCGUCCUGGUGCGCAUGUGCGCUCGGGCUGUGUGCGUGUACGCGCAGGCGCCCUGCCGCAGCGCCGCUGUGGCUUCCUGUCCGAGCCCCGGUCACCGCUGCCCCGGUGCCCCCGCUUCGGCCUCAGUUGGGCGAGGACCCGGGGCCUGCGGGGCUGCCGCCGUCCGGUCGGGCCGCCACCCAGCGGGCGGGGCGGGCGCUCCAGAGCCUGCGCGGGCGGAGCGUGGAGCGGGGAGCCCGAGGCCACCCCGGAGCCCGCGGGCCAGGCCGAGGAGCGGGCGGCGGCGGGUCGGGUCGGGCUGGGCCCGUCCGCCUCGCGGCGGCGCGGCCCGGGCGGGACGUCCCCGGAGUGAGUCUGUCCCGAAGGCCCAGGCCGGCGCCUCGGGGACGCGGCUUGGGAGGCGGGGACCCCGCGGGAGAAGCGGCGCCGCGGAGCCUCGGGGCAGGUCCGCCUCUGGUUUCACAGUCCUCGUUUUUCCAAGAGCAGCAGAAGAUGAAUAACUAUAUGGAGCCGGUGUCAUUCAAGGACGUGGCCGUGGCCUUCACCCAGGAGGAGUGGCAGCAGCUGGGCCCGGAGCAGAAGACCACUUACAGGGAUGUGAUGCUGGAGAACUACAGCCACCUCAUCUCCGUGGGUGAGCAGAGCGGCCGAGCUGCUAAGUCAUCCGGGAUUUCCCACACGUUUUCUGAUGAAUUUGAUGGGAUAAAUGUGAAUGGCUGCCACCUCGUCAAACCGGACGUCAUCUCCAAGCUGGAGCAAGGAGAGGAGCCCUGGAGAGGAGACGGGGAAGUCCCACCUCAUGGUUGCCCAGAAGUCUGGAAAGUUGACCUGAUAGACAGAGUCAAGGAAAGUGAAGACAAACAUUCCAGGCAAACUCUAUCCAUCAACAACAAAACUCUAAUUGAAGAGAGAGGUGAUGUUCUUGGUAAGUCUUUUAAUGUGGAAAUAAACUCUUUUCCUCUAAGAAAAACAUCCUAUAAGUGUGACUCAUGUGAAAAGAGCUUAAAAUCCACUUCAGAAUAUAUUAGUAGUGAUGGAAGCUAUGCAAGAAUGAAGCCUGAUGAAUGUAGUGCCUGUGGGAAAUCACUUCUUCAUGUGAAGCUUGAGAAAACUUACCCAGGGGAGAAAUCUUAUGAAUUUAAUCAAAAUGGGGAAGCCUAUACUCUAAAUAAAGAAAGUAUUUAUCAGGACAUUAAUAUUUUGGAGAAACCCUUUGAAUAUAUUGAAUGCCAGAAAGCCUUUCAAAAGGAUGCAGUUUUUGUUAAUCCUAUGGAGAAGCCCUAUAAGUGGAAUGAAUCUGAAAUAGCCUUUCUCCAGAUGUCAAACCUCAGUGUACAUCCAACAUCUCAUAUGGAAAUGAAACCCUAUGAAUGCAAUGCAUGUGGGAAAUCCUUCUGUAAAAAGUCAAAAUUCAUUAUACAUCAGAGGACUCACACAGGAGAGAAACCUUAUGCAUGUAAUCAGUGUGGGAAAUCCUUCUGCCAAAAGGGAACCCUCACUGUACAUCAGAGAACACACACAGGGGAGAAGCCCUAUGAAUGUACAGAAUGUGGGAAAACUUUCUACCAGAAGUUACACCUCAUUCAACAUCAGAGAACUCACUCAGGAGAGAAGCCCUAUGAAUGUAGUUAUUGUGGAAAAUCAUUUUGCCAGAAGACUCACCUCACUCAACACCAGAGAACACAUUCAGGAGAGAGACCCUAUGUUUGUCAUGUCUGUGGGAAAACCUUCUCCCAGAAGUCAGCACUUAAUGACCAUCAUAAAAUUCACACAGGUGUGAAACUCUAUAAGUGUAAUGAAUGUGGGAAAUGCUUCUGCCGCAAGUCUACCCUCACAACACAUCAGAGGACACACACAGGAGAGAAACCCUAUGAAUGUAACGAAUGUGGAAAAUUUUUCUCUCGGUUAUCAUAUCUCACUGUACAUUAUAGAACUCAUUCAGGAGAGAAACCCUAUGAAUGUAAUGAAUGUGGGAAAACCUUCUACCUGAAUUCAGCCCUCAUGAGACAUCAGAGAGUACACACCGGAGAGAAACCAUAUGAAUGUAAUGAAUGUGGAAAAUUAUUCUCCCAGUUGUCAUACCUCACUAUACAUCAUAGAACUCAUUCAGGAGUGAAACCCUAUGAAUGUCAUGAAUGUGGGAAAACCUUCUACCAGAAUUCAGCCCUUUGUAGACAUCGAAGAAUACAUAAAGGGGAGAAGCCCUAUGAAUGUUAUGUAUGUGGGAAAUUUUUCUCUCAGAUGUCAUACCUCACGAUACAUCAUAGAAUCCAUUCAGGGGAGAAACCCUAUGAAUGUAAUGAAUGUGGGAAAACCUUUUGUCAGAAUUCAGCUCUUAAUCGUCAUCAGAGAACACACACUGGAGAGAAAGCCUAUGAGUGUUACGAAUGUGGGAAAUGCUUCUCUCAGAUGUCAUACCUCACGAUACAUCAUAGAAUCCAUUCAGGAGAGAAACCCUUUGAAUGUAAUGAAUGUGGAAAGGCCUUCUCUCGAAUGUCAUACCUUACUGUACAUUACAGAACUCAUUCAGGAGAGAAACCCUAUGAAUGUAGCGAAUGUGGGAAAAAAUUCUACCACAAAUCAGCCUUCAAUAGCCAUCAGAGGAUCCAUAGGCGGGGGAAUGUGAAUGUGCUUGAUGCGGGAAGGCUUCUCUGAAGUCAGACCUCAUUUUACAUAAGAGAACCCAUCCAGUGUAAUGUUAAUUCCUACCUUUGUUAAGUCAGAGUUCACACAGGGGAAAGUAGACCCACCUCUGUGCAUUAUCAAACUUCUAAUCUGAGAAUUCACAGAGCGGAAACUGCAACUACAAUAAGACACAUGACUUGUGAGAUACCAGACUGUAAAAUGUAUGAACAUGUAGAAUGUCCAUACACUUCCAUGGAGUCAGACUGUUUCACGUAUCAGGGAAUUCAUUCCAACAGGAGAUCUGUCAUUUUACAGAAUGUGGAAAAGUCUCCUCUGGAGUUAUUAAUACUAAAAGUUACAUUUCUGUUAUAAUAUCAAGUUUUUUGUAA